AUGUUUGAUUAUGCCGACACUGUUUGGGGGGAUAGGGGCAAUGCUGUUCUCAUGAACAAUUUACCACUCCUGCAGAACAAGGCUGCCAAAACGAUAUCAGACCGCCCUUUUCAUUCAUCUGCUACCGACGCGUUUGAAGCCCUUGGUUGGUUAACCUUGGAGAAACGCAGACUUUUUAAUCGUUGCCUUUACGUUUAUAAAUGUGUUAAUGAGAUCUCAGCCCACAGUAUGGAUCUAUUGGUAAAUAAAGAUGUGCACGGCAACGAUACACGACACGAAGAUAACUUGAGACUGCCCCGUGUAAGAAGAAACUGGGGAAAACAAAGGACCCAUUAUCAAGCUGCUAACGACUGAAACAGUCUAGAUCUGUGCUUAAGAAAAUCAAAUAACCUCGAGUAAUUUUUAUAAUUAUUUUCAGUGUUGUUAAACUCUGAACAGUUUUAUAUCUUUUUAGAAAAUCAAAUGACUUUGUGACUUUUUAGCGCUAAUUUUAUAACCUUUUCAAUAGUUCUUUGUGAUCCUUUAUGUUUGCUUAGUGUAGGGAAUUUUUUGUGGCUUUUUAUCGUUUUAAUUCUUUUUACCUUAUUAUAUUUUCUAUUUUCAGGACCUCUCUGAAAAUCACCCUGGUGAACAGUCUCCUGGUUAA